GUUGUUUCCUUCAGUUCACUCCUGAAUAAACUUGAACCAAAGCAAUGCUGUCUCUUCACGGCUGGGUGCUACUGCUCAUCCUUAUGCAACAAUGUUGUCCCAGGGUUAUUGUCAAUGGCGAGCGUCUUGUUCAUCACCACGGAAUUGAGCACAUUGCAACGAGGCAGCAGUUCUGUCAGUGGCCCUGUAAAUGUGGGCCACGGCCUCAGUGUACACCAGGAGUGAGUUCUGUGCUGGAUGGCUGUGGUUGCUGCAAGAGUUGUGCUCAGCAAAUUGGAGAUCCGUGCAACGAGAGAGACAUCUGUGAUCUGCACAAGGGCAUGUAUUGUGACUUCUCAGCCGACCGACCGAGAUUUCAAAUUGGAGUAUGUGCCUACUUAAUGGCAGUUGGAUGUGACCUUAAUGGAGCCCACUACGAGAACGGCGAAGCUUUCCAACCAAGCCCCCUUUACAAAUGCACAUGCAUUGCAGGCGCCAUUGGCUGUACUCCAACAUUCCUGCAGAAGCCUGCAGGUCUUCUGGGUUCGACCCCAUUGAUAGGAAAGCUGCCAGCAACUCUUCGUAGCAGCAAGAUUCCAAAGAAACAUACACAAGAUUCGACUUACAUGUCAGCUUACAGGGAUCGUCCUUUGGCCUGGAAAAAAAACUGUUUGAUCCAAACGACAUUGUGGAGCCCCUGUUCCAAGUCUUGUGGCCUGGGCAUCUCUGAGCGUGUCAACAAUGACAACCACAAAUGUGAGAUGAGGAAGGACACACGUCUAUGUCUCCUCCGCCCAUGUAAGAAGAAUGUAAUCAACAACAUUCAGGUGCCGAAAAGAAAGACAUGCCAAGUACAAUUUCAGGCAAGAAGGGGUGAAAAACUUGGGCUGUCAGGCUGUACAAGUACCAAGAGUUUGAAACCCACAUACUGUGGCAUCUGUGCCGACAAGCGCUGCUGUUCCCCUAAAAAGUCCGUUAUGAUCACUGUCAACUUCAACUGUCCAGGAGGCUCGAAAAUAAAAUGGAAGAUGCAGUGGAUCAUAUCUUGUGUUUGUCAGAAGGAAUGCAAUGAUUCAGCGGACAUGUUUUCAGACUUGCAUUUAAUCUAAUCAAGACAACCUUCAGGUCAGAUUUUUACUUAUCUGUUUUUUUUUUAACAUAACCCAGGCAGAUUUACAGUUAAGAUUGAUGGGCCUGUAUCAUGUCGGAUGUGUACCAGUCAGUAUUAAAAGAUCCAAAAGUGUGAAUACAUCUUUUAAAAGUGUUGCUGCUUUACAAUGAGACAAGCACAUGUUAUGCGUCAAUAUAUUCAAAUGAUGUAAAGCACUUUCACCAGCAAGGGCGUAGGUUUGGUCUCUACAUUGGUAGGGACAAGAUAACAGAACAACCUGAAUGUAGGAGUGAAAGUGGACUAAAAUUUGGGGGCGGAACGGUGAUUUGAUCUCGAAAAAAUGACGGAAACUAUCAAAUCUCCAUCUUGAAAAAAAAAAAAACUGCCAGGCUGCCACGCACGCAUCUCUAAGAAGAAAACAAUCUACUUAUGUCAGAUUUACAUACACAAGUUUAACAACAUGCCUAAUGAAGUGGUUGUUUAGCAUAAUCCGUUUCCAACAAUAUUCAUUAUUUGCUCCACGGAGCUCUUUCAGUCUGACGAGUCGCGUCAAUGUGCGCAGCGAACCACCCUUCCUGGACUCCAGUUGUACGUUCAGUUCGC